AGUUAGUGAGUGAGAGAGUUAGUGAGUAAGUGAGUGUGCGCGCGCACGCGCACGCGCGUGUGUGUGUGCGUGUGCGUGCGCGCGUUUUUCUUCACUCCCUCUUUCUGAAAGCAGAAAAAAAAAAAAAGAGGAAAGAGAGAAAAGGAGGAAAAAGAGAAACACUGCAGCUCCACAGUGCGCUCCGCUCCGCCGUGCGCUCUCUACAGCAUGCGGCAGUGAACCGGGAGGACCGCGGGACACACACACACACAUACACACACACAUACACAUACACACACACACUCGCGCGUGCGGCACUGAGAGGAGGCUUUUACCGCACAAAUCGCACUCACAGCGUCCUCAGCACUACUGAUUUUUCUCCCUGGCUGUGGGAGGUGGACACACAGACGAGUCACGCGUCUUGCUGAGCUGCCUGGAAGCUGAAAUUAAACACAUACAACUUGCACUCAAACACACACACACUCACACACACACAACCACACACACACACACACACACAUUCAUGCCCAGAGCUGCUGUCAUGGCCCCAGAAUUCAGUGCGUCACUCUGGUGAGCGGUGGGGCGAACCAGGCAGAAGACAUGUUGGCACGGAGGGACGGGUACCGCACUGAAACUAGCUGUAGUAACCAUGGAAACGGUGUGGAGGAGCUUGGCCUGUGUUGGGGUCAUCGCCAUGGUAACCGCUGGAGUGACAGCAAGCGCCUUUGCUCAGGAGGGUCAAGCUGCAUUCCUCUCCACUCUGGCUCACUAUGAGAUCGCCGUCCCGAUCCGCGUUGGCCCUCGAGGCGAGUCGCUGUACGAUGGCGAGGCCUCAGACAGGCACAGACGGCAUCGGCGGAGCACCGAGACGAAACAGGAGGUUCCUGAGCCGCAGCUUUAUUACCAGCUGUCCACACCAAGCACCAGCCUCUUCCUGAACCUCACGCUGCAGAGCGGCCUUCUGUCCCGCAAGUUCCGCGUCGAGUACUGGAGGAAGGGCAGACUGGCGUGGAGUCACCCAUACUCCUCCAGCUGCCAGUAUGUGGGGCAUCUGCAGCACCAGCCCCAGUCCAGCACUGUGGCCCUCAGUAACUGCAAUGGCCUGCAGGGGGUGAUCGUAGCUAGUGGAGAGGAAUACCUCAUUGAACCUUUGGUUUCUGCUGAAAACCAGACAAGUAUGGAUGGGAAAGAAGAGCGCCCCCAUGUAGUGUACAAGAGAUCGUCUCUGCGACAUCUCUACAUGGACCAGUCCUGUGGAGUCAUCGAUGAGAAACCAAGCAAAAGCUUCGAUUGGUGGCAGAGAACGAUUAAACCGCCCAACCAGAUGGGCCGUGGCCAGCUGCCACUGAAACGCUCGGUUAGCCGCGAGCGCUAUGUAGAGACACUGGUGGUGGCUGAUAAGAUGAUGGUGUCAUACCACGGGAGGCGUGACAUCGAGCAGUACAUUCUGGCUGUCAUGAAUAUUGUUGCCAAACUGUUCCAGGAUUCUAGCCUGGGGAACGCAGUGAACAUCGUGGUGACUCGACUGAUCCUACUAAUGGAGGACCAGCCAACUCUGGAGAUCAACCACCAUGCGGGGAAGUCUUUAGACAGUUUCUGUAAGUGGCAGAAAUCCAUCCAGCAGAGCAACGGCCAUGGCAACGCCAUCCCUGAAAACGGCAUCGCACCCCACGACACGGCCGUCCUCAUCACGAGAUAUGACAUCUGCAUCUACAAGAACAAGCCGUGUGGGACACUCGGCCUGGCCCCGGUUGGUGGAAUGUGUGAGCCGGAGAGAAGCUGCAGUAUAAAUGAAGACAUCGGUCUGGCCACGGCAUUCACCAUCGCUCACGAGAUUGGACACACGUUUGGUAUGAACCAUGAUGGCGUAGGGAACCCGUGUGGAGCUCGCAGUCAGGAGACGGCUAAGCUCAUGGCCGCCCACAUCACCAUGAAGACGAACCCCUUCGUCUGGUCAGCCUGCAGCCGCGAUUACAUCACAAACUUCCUCAACUCUGGAAUGGGUUCGUGUGUGAACAACGUUCCCCCGAAGCAGGAGUUUGUGUAUCCGACCACGGCACCCGGUCAGGCCUAUGAUGCUGAUGAGCAGUGCCGUUUCCAGUACGGAAUAAAAUCUCGGCAGUGUAAAUAUGGGGAGGUGUGCAGUGAACUGUGGUGUAUGAGUAAAAGUAACCGCUGUAUAACCAGCAGCAUCCCUGCAGCUGAAGGCACCAUCUGCCAGACCAGCACCAUAGACAAAGGGUGGUGCUACAAGCGGAUGUGUGUGCCGUACGGCACUCGCCCGGAGGGAGUGGACGGUCAGUGGGGUGCGUGGUCUCCGUGGGAGGAGUGCAGUCGUACCUGUGGGGGCGGAGUCUCCUCCUCUGUUCGCCACUGUGACAGCCCCAGGCCGACCGUCGGAGGACGCUUCUGUCUGGGCGAGAGGAAAAGGUUCAAAUCCUGCAACAUCGAGGAGUGCCCUCCUGGGUCUCAGGAUUUCCGAGAGAUUCAGUGCUCGGAUUUUGACAGCGUUCCUUUCCGGGGGAAAUUCUACACCUGGAAGCCGUACAGAGGCGGUGGAGUAAAAUCCUGCUCUCUGAACUGCUUGGCUGAGGGUUAUAACUUCUACACUGAGCGUGCUCCGGCGGUGGUGGAUGGGACACCAUGCAGAGAUGACUCUCUGGAUGUGUGUGUUAAUGGCGAGUGUAAGCAUGUGGGCUGUGAUAAAAUCCUCGGCUCGGAUGCCCGCGAGGAUCGCUGCCGCGUGUGUGGGGGUGACGGGAGCAGCUGUGAGGCCAUCGAGGGCAUCUUCAACGAUUCGCUGCCUGAAGGAGGUUAUGAAGAGGUGAUCAGGAUUCCUAAAGGAUCUGUGUUCAUACAUAUACAAGAACUCAACAUUUCUCUUAAUUAUCUAGUUCUGAAAAGCAAAAGUGACCAGUACUUCAUCAACGGCAAGCUGACCAUCGACACGCCGCGUCGGUUCGACAUCGCCGGGACGACUUUCCACUACCGCCGACCCGCUGACCAGCCUGAGACCCUCGAGGCCCUGGGGCCCACUAAUAUGACCCUCAUCGUCAUGGUGUUGGUGAGGGAAGAGAACCAAGGUAUCCAUUACCGAUUUAACCCCCCUGUAAACAGAGACACUCAGAGCGUCUUCACCUGGUACUCUACAUCGUGGAGCCGCUGCUCUGUCUCAUGCGCUGGAGGGUUUCAGAUCCAGCAGGUGGUGUGUAAGAAACAAUCCGAUCACUCAGUGGUUUUCAAUCACUUCUGUGACAAGAAGAGCAAGCCUAAAGAGAAGAAACGUCCGUGCAACACAGCGCCGUGUCCACCAACCUGGUGGGUUAGCGAGUGGUCCGAGUGCAGCAGAAGUUGUAGUGGAGGCGUGCGGACGCGGGAGGUGCUGUGUAAGAGGAAGAUCAGCUCCACAGAAGAGAAGGUACAGGACGAUUCGGCCUGUUUCCAACCGCGGCCUCCCGUCACCGAACCCUGCAAUAAUCACACCUGUCCACCUGAGUGGCACGCCCUCGACUGGUCGGAGUGCACUCCCAGCUGUGGUCCAGGUUACAGGCAGAGGGUGAUUCUGUGCAGGAGUGGAGAGAGCGGAGACACUCUGGCCGAGUCCGAGUGUCCUAAACAUGGCCGCCCCACCACCAGGAUGCGCUGUAACCUGCAGCGUUGUCCUCCUCCUCAGUGGCUCACUGGACCAUGGAGCGAGUGUUCGGCUAAGUGUGGUGUGGGGCAUCAGAUGCGCUCGGUGCAGUGUGUGUCACACACCGGCCUGCCGUCCAACGAGUGUCCAGAACUGCAUCGACCUGCCUUCAUGCAGCAGUGCAGGAGCAAGUGUGACCUCAGCGUCCCCACGGACAACCCUGAGGAGUGUAAAGAUGUGAACACAGUGGCGUACUGCCCCCUGGUGCUCAGGUUCAAGUUCUGCAGCCGCCCAUAUUUCCGACAGAUGUGCUGCAAGACUUGCCAAGGACACUGACCUCCUCUCUUCUCUUUUCUCUCUCUCUCUCUGUCUCUCUCUCUGUCUCUCUCUCUCUCUCUCUCCCUCUCUCUGCUCCCUCGCUCUCUUUUUUCCAUGCACGGAGUGCCAGUCCCACCCCAGUGAGAGAGAGAGAGAGAGAGAGAGAGAGGGAGAGAAAACAAGAGAGAGGGAAGGAAGGAGGGAGAGAGACUGUGCUGCUGUCCUCCACUCUCCCAAAUCAGCUGCUCUGGUGCAGUUCCUGUGAAUGUCAGAUGGUCAGAGAGAGAUUUGUCUUCUAUUAGUUGUCCUGAACAUGGUGCUAGUUCUUAUUUCAUCCAGAUUUCAGAUGGGAUACUUCGGUUAUACUCAGUUAUAGCUACAGCUGAGCACAGGACUGCACAGAUUACUGCUUUUCCCUGCUUAUAGGCUCAUACCAUUUAUUAUAAAACUAGUGACAAUAAUUUUUCAUGUAUAGAGUCAUUUUGAGUCCAAACUUUCUUAAGUAAAGGGCAGAAAUUUGCAAACUGUACUUCAGCAGAGUAACAAAGUUACAGAACUUCCUACAUCUGGCUCCGACUUUGUUUUCCUGAAUUAGCUGAAGCUGUACUUAAAGAGACAGCAGCACUUUAUCGAUCCAGAGAUUAUAAAAGCCUGACCCGGAUAAAGAUGAAUGGAAUGUCAUUCACGUUCAUUUUAAAAUAAUCAGAUGUAAAUUAUUCAAGUUCAAAAUUUCAGUGGAACAACACAUUCCAAAAUUCAGUGCAUCAGACUGAGAAUCAGCGCAUCCUUGACUUCAGAAAUGAAGUGUUCAGAUGUAAUAAUAUAGUAAUCGUAUUGAAUUUGUACAUCAAAUUUUAAUUAGAAGCUGAAUUACAUAUGAAACAUAAAGCGCUUUCACCUGGAUAGGGUUUGCAGUAGAUCCGGAGAUUAUCCCGGGAAUACAUUCCGGAUGGCAUAAAAUUUCAGAUCAACAGAAUACAAAUCCAAUUUCAACUGCCAUAAAUAUUAUUCCAUAAUUAAUUACAGCUCUUGGUUUCACACAAUAGCCAUUGAGCUCUAGGGUGAAAUCAGGAACCUUAUUUCAAGCAUCAUUUGCAUUUUAUAAAAGAAAUGUAAAAAGAAGGAAGUUUCUAUUCAUCCAGGCUUUUAGACUGAUGAGUAUAAUUGUAUCUCAUCAGCAUAGAACUGAAUACAGACUUGUUUUUGUCCAGGAGGCUGGACAUACUGUAAAACCAAUUGUCAGUCUCAGACUCUCUGCACAGAACAUUUCUUUUUUUUUUUUCAGUUCCUUUCUUCUUUCUCUCAUAAUCUGAGUCAUGAUGUAAAUAUCAGUGUGCUAAAGCUGUAAUGUAAGGAAAACCCCUGAACUGUGCAGUGCUGUGUUCAAAAGAAACACUAAUGACCACAUUAUUCACUGUUUACAUCAUCUCUGUUUCUAUUUUUGACAUGUAGUUUUUGCUAAUAUUUCUUUGUUCUUAUUAGGAGAUUUAGCUGUCUGUGAUGAGAUCACAUCAUACAAGUGGCAAGUAAAAAAAAAAUAUUUAAAGAUAUAGUUCACCCAAAAAUCUUAUUUGCACAACGUUCCUCUCUCAAAUGUAUUCGAUCAACCAAGAAAUGUUCGCUACCUGACUUUUUGCGCUGAUGCUAUGAGGCCUAGUGUUGCUGAGAAGUAACUAAAAUCUGUCUUCCAUUAAAAAAUGUCCAAAUUCAGUUCUUUACUGAAGUGCUGAUGUGGUUUAGGACACAAUAUUAGUCUAAAAGUGCAAAUCAAACUUCACAGCGUAGCCAUUGGCAGAGUGGAGUGGCUUAAACACAUAUGUUAAUGAUUAUAGCGUUAUUUCCAGAUAUUUAUAUUCUCGUAUGGUGACAGUUGAAAAAAAAAAUUCGCGGCUCCAACACGUCAUAUUGUUCAUGUCGACUUUGCACACUUAUCCAAAGAAUGUUAGCGUCCUUCUGGCGAGCAGGAAAUUCUCAAAGAUUUAGAUGUCACAUGUUGCAUCAAUUAUAUCUCAAAUACCGUCUUCACUUGGGAGGAAAAAAUGAGAAUAAAGGCAAUUUUUAAAAAUCGGAUUUGGCAUACAGAUUAAAUCGGGUGUAGUUAGUCUAUUAAUUUUCACUUUAUGCAAAAAAAAAAAAAAAAAAGUCUUGGCUGAUCGACUACGUUUUGGGAUGAAAAGAAAAAUUGUGGAAAUACGAUGUUUAAUACAAACUAUUCAAACUAUUUCUUUAAUUCAUUUAGUUUUUUUUUUUAAAAAAAAAAGUUGUUACGGCCUGAUCAACCAUUCAGUAUCAACCAUUCAGUAUAAUAAGCUUCAUAAAACCGUGCUGUUCUGGUCUGUAAAGUGCUUUUAUAUAUAUAUAUAUAUACUGUAUACUGUAUAACCUCUUUGUGACUGUAUUUUGGUUGCCCUGAUCUUGCCCUUCGGACUGGGAUGGUUACAGGAGCGUUAAUCCGACAAUGAUCUCAACACAUCUAUUAUUAUAACUACACAAAUAUAGCUGGAGGCCAUGAGUCAUCAUCACCUUAUACUGUGACAUUCAGCUGUAUUUUCACACACCAAGCACUUUAAAAAAAAAAAAAAAGGUAGUGUUCAUAGGGCUACACAACCGCAUAAGCCAUUUAUGACACAGUGUACCCCUACAUAAACAUUUAAAAAGCCUUAGUGUAACAUUAGGUCUUAGGUGCCAUAAAGACUUUUUGUCAAUUCAGAUGUCAAGUUGACAUGAGAGUUUGGUUGACUUUAAGAUUGUACUAUGUCACUUUCCACGCUGACAUACCUUAGAAUGUUAUGACAAAAUUAUAAGUCAUUAUAGCACUUCUGGUAUGUCAGAACUACAUAGCAGUGAUGACGUCAAACAUGAAUACCAAACCGACUCAGAGGAAAUAGGCAAAACUUUAAUUAAGGUUAAUAAGCUUAAUUAAGGUUACGGUUAAUGUUAAGUCAUAACAUAGUCAUGAGUGUUCAUAAGAAUCAUAUAAAUAAUAAAAUGAAACCCAUUUUAAUUAGGGGCCUGGUAAAACAUACAGAAUCUGUAAUCAUGGUGUCAUGCCAUUGUUAUAAGCCUUCAUAGAACUAUCAAAAUAGGAAGCCUAAACCCAGUUUAGUUAAGGGCCUGAGAAAAUACACAUCAUCACUCAUUAGGGUGUCAUGACAUUGUCAUAAGUGUUCACAGAAAUGUAAAUAGUAAAAUGAAACCUACUUAAGGGCCUGGGGAAAUGCGCAUCAUCACUCAUUAGGGUGUCAUGACAUUGUCAUAAGUGUUCAUAGAAAUAUAAAUAGUAAAAUUAUACCCACUUUCCAUAAGGGCCUGAAAAAUGCAUAUUAUCUCUCAUUAUGAUGACAUUACAUUGUCAUAAGUGUUCAUAAAAAUUGUAUACAUGAUCACUUUACUUAAGUUCCUGAUAAAAUAUACAUAAUCUGUCAUUAUGGUGACAUGACAGUCAUAGGAAUUCCUUGGUUUCUUAUAAGCAGUAAUAAGAAACUCACUUUACUUACGACAAUAUUCAUAACUGCGUUAUAACAGUGUAAUGGUUGUCCCUGUUUUAUACAGCAGGUUUUUAUGUCAAGGUUAUUACAUCCUAAUGCCAAAGUGUAACCUUUGAUUAUAUCCACCUAUUGGAGCGGGCAUUUAUGUAGGUUUAUGUCGGGUGUCAUAAAGAGUAACACAUUAAAAUGACAGAAAGUAGUGUUUAUGUCAAAUGACACUUAUUGGAGGAAGCAUUUUUAAAUGUUUAUGUAGGUUAAUAUGAAUUGUCAUAAACGGCUUAUGUAGUUGUUAUGUCACCUUAACAUAAAAUUAAAGAAACUAGUGUUUAUGUCAGAUGACCCUUGCUGGAGUAAGCAUUCCUAAACGUUUAUGUAGGAACAAACAUGUUUAUGAAAUCAUGUUUAUGAAAAAGCAUUUAUAUCUGUUUGUAGUUUUAUGCCAGUUGUUAUAAAGGGCUUAUGUAGUUGUUAUGUCACCUUAACAUUAAAAUUACAGAAAGUAGUGUUUAUGGCUGCUGAUGCUUAUUGGAGUAGGUGUUUAUAAAUGUUUAUGUAGGUUUGUGUCAGGUGUUAUAAAGAGUAUAUGUAGUUGUUAUGUCACCUUAACAUAAAAAAUUAAAGGAAGUCGAUUUAGUCGUCAGCUGAUGCUUAUUGGAGUAGCAUUUAUAAAUGUCCAUGUAGUUUUAUGUCAGUUGUUAUAAAGGGUUUAUGUAGUUGUAAUUUUUUUAAAAAGUAUUAUUUGUCAGCUGACAGUUAUUGAUGUAAGUGUUUGGAUAUGUUUAAUAGGUAUAUGUCAGUUGUUUUAAAGGGUUUAUGUCAUAUAGUGCUAUGAACACUACCUGUAGUUUUUUUUACCAAAAAAGGACAGCUGUCAGUUUAAAGAGAAAAAAACAGUUUAGUGUUCUUAAUCAGCAAAAAUAAAUGCUAAUGAUUAGUAAUGAAUAAAUUCAUCGCAUUCAGUGUGGAAAAAAUGUCCCUAUAACAAAUUUAUAUUUAUAAAUAACGAAGCAUUUUUUGAUAGCUAGGACUACGUGAGUAAAACGAAACGUCUAAUGCAGAGGUGAAUCAUUGAGACAUGUCGUCUGAGCUUGCCUUGUUUGGUCACAUGAAGGUAGAAAAGCCUCGGUUCUAGCGUAGUCUGUUUAUCAAACAACAAAACUCAUUUCACGUGAGACAGACACUCAGCAUUACAAACAGUUCAACUCUAAAUUGUUUACCUGGAGUUGUGGCUCAUGGCCAGUCUUUCUAAACAACAUUAAUGUCUUAAAGACACCCGGAAAUGUAUUUUUGGAUACAUUGUGUUUAGCACCUUUUCCCGUAGCCUAACCAUCAGGUUUAAGGCUUUAAAGCGAUAAUCUGGCCAGAAAUGACAUAUUAUUUACAUAAUUUUUCUAUCACUGCAGUGGCACUUGAUCAGCCCAGACUGAUUUUUGUAUCCAAAGUUUGCUUCUUUGCUUUUGCACUGGAGCUCCGAGGCUAAUGUUGCUAACAAGUACAGGAAGCCUAUAUCCACCAGAUUAGCAUCGACUACAUUUGGGGUAAGGAGAAAACUAAAAUCGUUUCUUUUUGCUUUAAUACACUAAGCACUGGAGAGAGUUAGUCAAAAUUAGCAUUAGAAGAGCUAAGCAACCUUGAGUGUUAUGAAGGUGCUUUAUAAAUGAAAGAAAUUGUUAUUAAUUGUAUUUUCUGGUUUAUAGUGACAUAUAUGUUAGCAUAUAUAUAUAUAUAUUUUUUUUUGCGUUAGCCUAAUUGUACGCCUGUUUGGUAAUGUUUUACAGGAGGUUUAUGGGAAGGUACAGUACAGUUAGUUUGGUGCUAACAUAACACUUCCAAAGACAUGACAAAUCCAAAGCUGCGAAAGAGGAAAUUAACAUUAGCACUAGCAUCAGCAUUAGCAUUAUCAUGCCAGAAGCUACUUUUAUGUGGUAAAUCAGCAUUACAUAUUGCGAUUAUAAUGACUUCUUCAUUAGGAUUAUAUUUACACACAUAUUUCUAAUCCUGACUGAGAGAUUAAAGGUGCGGUAUAUAAUUUUAGGGCUCUCUGUUUUCCCUCAAAUCAAGCUGAAAAUAGAUAUGCCUCAUGGGUUGCCUUUUAGGGGAAAGGGGUGGAGCUGAGCAGCUCUGUUCCAGUAAGGGGCGGGGCUCAUUAACAGGCUGUAAAAAUGUAAACAGAAGCCUGAAGCGAAGAAACUAGAGAGAUCCAUUGCAUGGCAAACUUUGAAUUGCGGUAUUUCCCAAAGAAUCUUUGAAUGUGUGAGAAGAUUUAUGGUUUAGAAACCUUUUUUUAAAAUUACAGACUGCACCUUUAAGGUCAGGCUUUAUUUUGAUCAUGGCACUGAACUAUGGUAACAAAAAAACUACACUAUGUCCGUAGGAAUCCUUGAGAAAGUAGAAACAUUAGGCGAAAUACAAAUACCUGCUACAGCAAAAAGCGAGGUGUAUAUUGACUUAUUUCUAAUCAGACACAGUUUAGAUGGUGUGUCUUAUACUCUAGAGUGAAAUAUUGUCCAGAAAAUACAAUAAUAUUUUUACUCGGCUUAAUAAAGUGAUGUAUAUCCUUUCAUGAGUGCUUUAAAUCUGAGAAACAAUCCGAGCUGUGACAGGCUGCUUCCUCCUCAUCGGCUUUACACACAGCGUAGAGAGAUUUAAGUUGUCAGUUUUGUGGUGCUUUGUAAUGGUGCUAUUUCUGCCUUUUUCUUUCAUUAUCUCAAGAUUAGUACUUUAUUAAAAAUUUGUAUUAGAAACUUGCUUGAGGUAAGAAGUAACAUGAGAGCUAAGAUAUUUAACAGAAAUCUAUGUUAUCUGUCAAAUUAUUUGUGGAAAAAAAACGUACGUAAUCAAGUCACGAUAGAUCCAAAACACGUGGUUGUUAUUGUUGUUAUUGUUGAUGUGACCUUUUUUCUUUCUUUUUUUUUUUUUUUUUUUUUUUUGUUCUACUUAACAUGUUACACUUGAAGCGUGUUGAUUUGACUCAUAUUAGUAGACGCAUUCAGACAUGGUUAGGUUUAACAAAUGUUAUGUUUUUGUCGUCGUGUUUAAAAUGCUAUGGAAAUAACUUUGUGUACUGUAAUGUGCAACAGAUGGAUAUGUAUAUGUCCCUGAAUUUUAUGUAGACCAACUAAAAUGGAAAAUAAUACGAUGAAUAAAGAAAAUCGUGUAUUGUGAAUUCAGGAAA